AUGAGUAACUGCGACAGCAGCUCUGUAGUCAUUCAUGACCUGGACUGCCCCCCAAGGAUUGCCGAUAAAGUGAUUCACCGUCAGUCCGUGAGGCUAGGGAGGACCAUCAAGCUCCUGUGCCCGGUGGAGGGUGACCCCCCACCUCUCACCAUGUGGAUGAAGGAUGGACGCACUAUCCACAGCGGCUGGACAAGGUUCCGAAUCCUUCAGCAAGGGCUGAAAAUCAAGGAGGUGGAAAGCGAAGAUGCAGGAACCUACAUUUGCAAAGCCACCAAUGGCUUCGGCAGCACCAAUGUGAACUACACCCUCAUCGUGAUCGAUGAUGCCAGUUCAGGAAAGGAUAGCCAGGUACCUGAAGGCUCCAAUGGAGAAUACGAAGAUCUCUCUGGGAAGCAAUGGGCCCGGCCCAGGUUCACACAGCCUGCCAAGAUGAGACGGAGAGUGAUCGCCCGUCCUGUUGGCAGCUCCAUCCGCCUGAAAUGUGUGGCCAGUGGAAACCCACGGCCUGACAUCACAUGGCUGAAGGAUAAUAAACCCCUCACGCCCCAAGAGAUUGGGGAGAACAAGAAGAAGAAGUGGACGCUGAACCUGAAGAACCUGAAGCCAGAGGAUAGUGGGAAAUACACCUGCCGAGUGUUUAACAAAGUUGGAGAAAUCAAUGCAACAUACAAAGUUGAAGUAAUCCAGCGGACGAGGUCCAAGCCCAUCCUGACAGGGACGCAUCCCGUCAACACAACGGUAGACUACGGUGGGACCACGUCUUUCCAGUGCAAAGUCCGCAGCGAUGUCAAACCCGUCAUCCAGUGGCUGAAAAGGGUGGAGUACGGCACGGAAAGCAAGUACAACUCAACCAUCGACGUUGGGGGACAGAAGUUUGUUGUGCUGCCCACGGGGGAGGUCUGGUCCCGUCCUGAUGGUUCCUAUCUGAACAAACUGAUGAUUACUCGAGCCAAGGAAGAGGAUGCAGGAAUGUACAUUUGCCUAGGGGCAAACACCAUGGGCUACAGCUUUCGCAGCGCUUUUCUCACGGUCCUGCCAGAUCCCAAGCCUCCGAGUGCACCUGUGCCCCCUUCCUCAGCCAGCAGCCUGCCCUGGCCCGUGAUCAUCGGCAUCCCUGCUGGAGCUGUCUUCAUCUUUGGGACGAUCCUCUUGUGGCUUUGCCAGACCAAGAAGAAACCCUGCUCCCCUCCAGCUGCUGCCCCUGUGCACCGGCCGCAGCCCCGGGACAGGAUUUGCGUCUCCCAGGUCCCCGACAAAGACUGCAUCUCCUCCAUAAACUAUGAGGAAUAUGUCGCCCAGCAGCAGCAUUUACUGUCCCAAGGGUCUGCCCUCGCCCCAGCCAUGGCAUCCAAAAUGUACCCAAAGAUUUACACGGACAUCCACACCCACACCCACUCACACGUAGAAGGCAAAGUCCAUCAGCACCAGCACAUUCAGUACCAGUGCUAAGAGAACGGCCGUGUACAGUAGCUCGUUUGGGCUUUUCCUCGUGGUACCUCAGAAGAGACUGCUCCAAGUCAGCUCACACUGCCAGCAAUAGGCAAAGCAGACAGAAAAGAUUA